UCCAAGCCACGGGCCAGAUUUUCAACAUGAGUGAGUCAUGGGUUAAAGUAGUUCGGAUCAACCGGUUAAACGCUUAAAAUUACCUGUGCAGGAAACAAUCCCAUCAGUUACUCCACCCGAUGGUCCACCUAAACCCCACUACCCUCUGAACUCUGAAGCCUAAACCCCUCCCCCGCUCUUACUUGCCAUCACAAACAUUCCCUCUGUGUCUCUUUCGAUCACCAUGAACAAAGAACCUCUACCCACAGAAGAAUAAUUACAUGACAAAGGCAGGUGUAUGAACUCCCGAGAUUUGGCUAAUUUUAUGCAUCGAUCCGUCUGGGACACAAUUAAUGACUGAGACAUCUAAGAAAUGGCUAGAAGGGUCUGUAACCGCCUGAAAUUUCUUUCAACUUCUUACAAAUUUCAGAACACAAUUCAUAUACAAUCUCCAUCAGAUUUUUCAAGGUUGGGGUUUCAGUGUGAUUCAAUACCUAGUUGUUUGAGAAAUCAUAUUGACGGAUCGUAUGGCCAUAUUGUACCAGCAUUACGAUUGUAUUCCAGUGGUAGAGGUAAAUAUUAUGAUCUCUUCGGUAAUGGGAAACCAGGUGAUGAGGACUUUAGAAAAGCUUGGGGGAAUGAGACAGAUGAAGAUACGAGUUUAUGGACUGGAAGUGAUGAGGAUGAAGAUCAAGAUGAAGAUGAAAAAAGUAAUGCCAAGAAAAUGCAAAACCGUCUAAAAAAAGAGAUGAGAAAAGCAGAAAAGAAGGCAAUAAAGGAUGCAGAACUUAUUGAUGGCGAUGACAGUGCUGAGUUAGAUAGUGUAUGGUCUGGAAGCGAUGAGGAAAAGACACUGUGGACAGGUAGUGAAUGUGAUGAUGACGACGAUAUCCCCACUGAAGCUUACCCAAAUGAAAAAAGUGAUGCCUACUUAGACAAGUUAUUCGAGUUCGAAGAGGCACCGAAGUAUCGAACAAUUUCAGAAUUGUUGAAAUCUGAACAGGAACCAGAGUUAUCCCCGGGAAAACAAGCUAGAAAACUGGCAGUUGAAAAUGCACUAAAGAAGUUGAAGAAAGGGCCUGAUGGACGUUAUACAAAUGUUUGGGAGGUGAUGAGUGAUACAGACAUAUUAAUAGGUGCUUUUGAACAUAUUGUUUCGGGGCCAGAAUAUUCCGAGCUAAGACAAGGAGGACCCAAGAAGUUAGACAUGGAAUUCUUCAAGGAUAUACAAGCAAAAAUGAGAGAUCCAAACUUCAAAUGGUCAACAGAGUUGAAGCUGAAACCUAAAAACAAACUUGUCUCGAGAAAAAAAUGGCAGAAAACACAGUCUAGACGGAGGAAAGCACAAAAACGUUGAGUUAGAGUUUCUCUCGGGCACGGCUCUGAAGCCUGGCAACCUGGGCUCCACACCUUUUUGUGGGGACCAUAAUGUGGUUAAGCCAUCUGCCCUACAUUUAUAAGGGGUGUCCUAAAAUUAGAAAACGAUUAGUUGUCGUUUAAUUAAAUAAAUAUGUUUUU